AUGACUGUGACAGUCGAGAACGAGGAGGUGUUGAAGAGGAAAAAGACAAAGCGAGGGAAGAAGAAGCCGGCGAGUGCGAAGAACGCGACGCAUAAGAAGCCUGAAAAGCAGGCGAGUCAGGAAAAGAAAGAAAAGCUCGCGAAGACCUCGUUUUUGACCGAGCUUGGUGGCCACUGUUUGUUACAGUCUAUCCCUUGUCUUGUCGGCGACUACGUUUGUGCCAUCACUGGCGAUGCGAUCCGCGUAUAUUCAGUUUACACUUCCGAUUUCGUCGCUUCUUUGACUGGUCAUACAGACACCGUCACCUCCAUCAUCCCUCACCCAACCCAGCCACUCUCUCUCAUUUCUUCCUCCCUCGAUGGAACUAUUCGAAUUUGGUCCGUCGACGAUUUCGCACUCCUCAGAACCAUCAGGGUUUCAAAAGAUGAAGGCGUCAACGCAGUCAAAGCUACUGAAAAAGAGCUGCAUCUUAUCGUCAACGGCGGCUACGCAAGAAUUCCGUUUCCGGAGAGUUCGGAGCGAACGAUUUCAGUCGAACCAAAGUUCAUCUUCGCCGAUAUUUUGAAAGAAAGAAUCAACAAAAACGGUGGGGUCGAUCGACAAUGGUCUUUGAACGGAAAAGGCUCGAAAAUUGCCUUCUUGGUGUCUCCGAAAUUCAUGAAGAUCAUCAGCCUUGAUUCUUUAAAAUCGAAAAAGGUCUCCUUCACUUUUAAAGACGGUCAAGCCGAUAAACUGGACUAUCACCCGCGCGAAGAGUCUGUCCUCGUGAGUUUUUCUUCCGGAAAGAACAUCGUCUAUUCGAACCUUUUGGAAACAAGUAGCAACAAGGCAGCGAAAGAAGCCGUCACAAACACAGUUUUCCACUGGCAUCAAGGUCGUGACGAUGCGGUCGACCAGGGCGGAGCCAAGAUCGAAUUCGACGCCUGCUACAGCACAGAUGGGGUAAACAUCAUGUCCGGCGGCGCUGAAGCCGUCUUCCUCGUUGAAAACUGGAAGAACACGACUGACUCGAAUAGCCGCGCCUUUAUCCCUCGCCUCAACGCUCCGGUUGUUUGGGUGGCGAAUUUUGGCGAAUGGACGCUCCUGUCGCUUGCUGAUAACUCGAUUCAACUUGUCAAUCAUAUGAGCAUAAAACACACGAUCAGUGGCUUUACGAAGAAUGUGAUGGAUCAAUACGAAGCAGGACUUUCUUGGGAUCCAAAUACUGAUGCGAUCGUGGCGAAUAGUCGUCCAGGCAUGCUUCAGAUGUACUCGCUUGAGAGAAAUAAAGAAGUUUCAAGGCUUGAUGUAACUCGCGAAAACAUCGUCUUUCAAUCUGGUUUCUUUUCAUCGGCUUCUUCGAUCGUCUUGGUCGACAUUUUCGAGAAACGAAUGGUUACUGUCGAGCGAAAAACGACAACAAUGAGCAGUCAGCGGGACACCAUUCGUCUUUGGACUCACGAGGGCGAGCGGUGGAUUGAUGAAACGCAUAUAGUCCGCGCUCAUGUUGGGAACAUCACUCACAUUCAACUAUUGAAUCAGAAGUGCUUCAUCACAGCCGGCAGCGACGGCAAAUUAAAGAAAUGGGAGGAAAUUGACGGGCGGUGGAUUACGACGCAUAUCGGUGGUUACAGGAACGAAGCGGUCAGGCAUUUCGACGUUUCUGAGGAUCAAAGCAUUGUCGCGUCAAUUUCAAGAUCGAAAUGUGUGAUUUACGCUUCUUCGAAUCUUGCUUUCACAGAUACGCUACUGCCUCCAGUAGAAAGUUCAAAAGGCCUAACAAGAGUUUACUUCUGCCGUGGAGACGCAAAACACAACCUUUUGGUCGGCAAAAAAGACGGCUACUAUCUUUGGGAUCUGAUAACCUGCAGUUUGAUCAGGAUUAUUUCGAACAAGAACGACUCGACAUUUUGGAAAAUCUGGAGGCAUCCAUCAAUGGACAUUUUCGUCAGCGCGGAAAAAAGCAAAUCGGAAACAAGGUUACGAAUUUUCGCUGGAGCAAGCGGAAAAAUCAAGACGACUGCAACAACGAAGAAAGAUAUCCUCUCUGCGCAUAUUUUCAGCCAGAAUAAAAUUGUUGUUCUUGCUAAAGGUGGAUCGCUUCUCAAGCUUUCGUCAAAAGAAGAAGUCGAAGAACUUCAGAAAAAGUGCGAGCCGGAAAUGCGUGUUCAGGAAACAAAAAUGAUGACGCCCGUCGGCGGAAUGUUAAAAGUGACAGCCCCUGUUGAGGAAGUACAGGUCGCUGAAAAGCUUGUGUUGUCGAGCGAUAAGCUGAGGGAGUUGCUCUAUUUGCCCGCGUAUCUUUUGCCGAAGGCGACUGACUUUGCUGGCAAUCUUUUAAACACUUUAUUGGAAGCAAACGAGCUUUCAACACGGCAAAACGAGCUUGCCCGAGCAAAAACAGCGCCAAAAGAAGACGCUGAACCGAUGGAAAUUGACGAAAAGAACGAAAAUUCGGACGAUGAGACCUCUGAACCCCUCAUAAACCUGAAACCAAAGGAAGAAGAAGUGACACGAGUGAACUUGAAGAAACUCGGAAAGCUGAAAAAUCUGGAAGUGACUGCUAAAUUUGGUUGA